CGGCAAUAGGUCUCCAACUCAAAAACCCAAACUCAUUCGCGCCCAACGUUUUGGGGUCUCCCUCUCUCUCUCUCUCUUUCACUCUCUUCGCUUGGGUUCAAUCUAAUAAGGUAUGAAGGCUUCGCGGCUAAAAAGUACUGGAGGGCUGAAACAACAUGAAAGCUCCUAGACAGAGAAACUCAAAAGUGAUCAAGGUUCCUAUAAAGGGCAGAGCAAGUAAAGGUGGCAUGGGGGAACAAAAAUCUACAAGUAGAACUACACAGCACUGUCAUAGAGAACCAGGGAAAGGUGACGACUUCUUCAAUGAAAAAGAUGAGCAUUUAUCACCUUGCAAUGCAGCUAAAGGCUUGGAUUUGGAGAUUUCUGAUGAUGUACAGUGUUCAGAACCAACAAAGAAGCUGCCUUUUUAUGGCAUUAAUGGAGGGAAACCACUUCUUCCUCAUUCAAAGAUCAAAUUGCAGCUUUUUCCUGUAAAUGAAGGCAUUCGAAUAGGAUUGGAAAAGGAUGGAUUUCAUCCGUAUUUGGAACUCACUCUUAGAGCACGGAAGAAGAUUUCUUCUGUUCUAAAGCACCUUAUUAGCAAAUGGGGCAGUUCAAGUGCUGCUGUUGGUGAGCCGGUUCUAUUCCCAUACAGGAUACAGGACAGUGUAUCUAGUAACAGAAGAUGGACGUUGAAUGAUGCUGAAACCAGUGCCGGAGAUGUCUAUGCAGCUAUUGAAAGCCCUGAAAUUUUUCGCUUAAGGUAUGGUUGGUUCUCUAAUGAACCUAAAACCUCCGAGAAGCCUUCUACAUCAGCUUAUGGCAAGGUUGACUUACAAUCUGAAAGCAUACAGAGAGCUACUAGCACCCCUGCAGAGAAUGCAUAUGAGGUAGAGAACCACAGUGUGUUAACAAGCAAAUAUAUGGAAUCAAUAAAUGAAAGGACAAAUUCAAAUGCUGAGAAGAUUUCUAAUGUAGAUGCUGAUCUUUUGGUAAAGAGUGAUGGCCAGAGGGGGGUGGAUGGUAAACAUGCACUGGUUGUUGAUACUGUAACUGACAUAAGCAUUGGAGGCCUCCUUUCUGAAGCAUCCUUACAGGCUAAGUGCAAUAAUGGAAAUAAAAAACAGAGAGAGAAGGCUAAAACCCCACAUCCUGUGGGCAUAAAGAGUGAUUCAAAAUCAUUUGAGUUGUGGGCUGAUUGUCCAUCUAUAAGCAUUGGCGGCAUCCUGUCUGAAGUAUCCUUACAGGGAAAAAUCAAUCGUUUUGGUGCGCAAUCAACUAUGAGCAAUUCAAGCUUGCAGCCAGCUCAUUCAAUUUAUGAUAAUCCUCAAGGUUCAAGGCCAUCUGCUCAUGAUUCUUGCUUAUCAAUUUUGGAUGCUGAAGAAACCUGUCAUGCAUUUCCCUCUCAAAAGUUUUCUCUGGGAAAAGAUGUUCUGGGUAUCGGAGGAAGUUGUGGAGGUUCGAGCCAGAACUCUGGUUUCAAACUGUUCAAGUUUCCUCUUCCAGCCAAGGGUAAUAGAUUAGCUGAGCUUCCAAAAGACCAUGCUCGGCAAGAAUCUAAUACAGAACGGAUGAAUUGUUCAUAUUUGAACAAUGAUGAACGGAGCCUAGGGCUAUCAGGCAUCAAAUGGACCGACUCUUUGGGGCCCUUUGAUCUUGGCCUGCCUGUCUCCCAGAAGCUCUGUAAUGCAGAGAGUACAAGCAUCAGCGGAUUUGUUAAGUAGCGGUUGGAGACUAAGGGACCCUUUUGAUGGAGAUUCCAAAUCAAGGGAUUAAUGACAUCAUGAGGUUAAAGUGCUUGUUUAGACUUCUGAAAAGGAUAAAGAAAAAGAUGCUAUGCAAACCCAUAUAUGUCAAGACUUGAAUAGAAGAAUAAGAGAACAGUCAAAUUCCUAAUGAUUCAUUGCAUAUAGUUAUGUCAAGUCCAUUUCAAACGCAUGGCUUCUAGUCAUAUCAAAUAUGUUCUAUCUACUGUUUUGAAUUGAAGCAUGGACUUGGAUUGAUUGGCAA